GGCCGUGCGCUACGGCCCGCCCACCGUCCUGCCGCCUCGCGAGAUGACAGCCAGCGCCCACCCUCCCUCGCUGGAGGACCGGCAGCAGCAGCGCACUGGCGCCACCGAACGGCCACUGGCCGCCAACGCACCGACUCCGUAUCCCCCACCGCCUCCCAACUGCAAAGACAAUGCACUCCCGACUCACAGCGGAAACGUCCGGGAGCGGAGUCCACCGCGCGAGAAGCAAAGUGCUGCACCUCCCAGUUUACCGUACAACUUUCAAGUUGACUUCUCAGUCCCACCUCCACCAAUAUCUCAGACACCUAGCAUACCCUCAAACAUACUAUCACUUCUCGGACAUGCUGCAUUUGAGCAUACUACAAAUGGCUUCCUACUAAAUGUUCCUCCAUCAAAUGUUUCUCAACCUCACAUGUCCCAUCCCCGAGAACAUACACAAACUGUUCCACCGACUUACCCGAAUGAAGUCCAAGUGUCGCAGCUGCGCACCGUGACUCCAUUUAACUCGACUCCGGCUGCUGUGUCACAGCCCUUUAUGCCGGUGCAUCAUUUUCCUCCAUCUCACACUGUGUCUCCAGCUAACAAUAACCACUCCCUCAUGCCUCUGCACCAUUUGACCCAACCGCAGGUGCCAAGACACGAGGCACCACCUCAUGUGUCCCAGCAUCGUAUGCCUACACAUCACAGUUCUCAUUCCCACAUACCUACCCACCGUCCUUACCCACCUAUGACCCCACUUCCCCACAUGCCCCUAACUGAUGUGCCACCCACCCAUGGAAAAUCGCCCCACAGGGCACAGCAACAUCGACCACAUUCACGAAGAAUGACCGAACAUUCCACUGCUCACUGUAGACCGCAGCCUUAUGUCACAGAGUCGUAUAAGAAUGCUUCUUUGGACACACCGUUUGCAAAUCGUGGAGGCACACAUCACGCCUCUCGUGAAGCAUUUAGGGACGAGUACAAUCCGUGCUACAGAAGGGAUGAUCGUGAAGCCUCUAGCUUGGCCAAUGGCCUGCCCAAUUUUCUGAACUUCUGGGUACCUCCACCAUUGCAGACUCCACGCUUACGGCCACCACCUUUACCACCGCCUCUGCCACCAUCUCUACAGUCACCACAGCAGCAUAUGGAAUCGUCAAACCAGACGCUGUUGUCGCACCUACUGGCUAUGCCGACACCACCUCCGGACCAGCAUGACAAGACUCUGUCUCCUGUUACAGGGAAUCUGUAUUCAAGUCAUCCUCACGGUUACCAUGAGCAGUACUGGAACCAGCAAAGCAAAUCAUCUCCACCUAUAGUUCCAGAGUACCAGCAGCCUCACCACACAGAUGCUAAAAGAAGAACAUUUGACACCGUGAUGUCAAGAUGGUCACAGGAUGUGCCCCAUCGGCUUGCCAGAUACCAUGUGCCAACCCAGCUACAUCCUGACAUGGACAACUCAGCAAUGCAGAUGGAUGAUAACUGCAGCUCAUCACAUUACGGGCGUGGAGUUCGCGGCCACUGCUACGGCAAUCGUCGAGUGCGGAACGUGCCACUUCCAUGUUCCCGGCUACGUAAUUUGACAGAAGUGAAUGUGAAUAUUCAUGGAGGUGACAAAACAGUUGUGCCACACAAACAGCACCGUGAUGACCUGAAUGAACAAUUGUACGAAAAGGGUGCCGAAGCCUGUGCGCUGUUGUCUGCAAUCACAGCUGUUCGAAGAACAAUUGGUGGGGCUGCUUCGGCAGCUCCGGGUGUAACUACCGGUGGCGGGGUAUCUCCCACUGGCAUGCCGGCACUCCCAGCACCACCUGUCUUACCCGCGCUGCCAGCACCACAAGUACUUCCUGCACUGAUGGCAGCACCGUGGCCCAGCCCUGCAGCUACGGAGUCUCCCCGUAGCACGCCGGCACUCCCAGCACCACCUGUCUUACCCGCACUGCCAGCACCACAAGUACUUCCUGCGCUGAUGGCAGCACCGUGGCCCAGCACUGAAGCUACUUCGGUCAGCCAGGACAAUGAAGAAGACAAUACAAAGGAGAGACUGUGCCAUCACCCAAGAAAGGCCACAGAUGUUAGUGAUCAGCUAACAGUGCCUUUUACUAGUCCUGUCAUCCAAAAGGAUGACACAACAACAGCAGCAGCAACAUCCCAGUUCAAAGAGUUUUUUAGACUGUACGUGGAAGGAUCCUUUGGUGAUGCUUUACAUGUACACCCAGGACAGUCAUCCCUGAGUGUAACACCAAAGGAUCCCCACACAGCACUGCUGCCAUCUACUGGACAGGUGAUGGAUGUUGCUACAAGAGAAACGAAUACUGGACUGUUAGCCACCAGUGGGAGACUAAUGUUACCAGAUCCAUUUCCAUCUGUAGCACCUUAUCUGGGACUUAAAAGCACACCUGAAGAAAGAGAGAAGUUUAUGAAGAGCUUUUGGACAUCUGUUUAUCAGCAGCAAGCCCUCAAACUAGGCCUCUUGCCAAAGUUACAAACCAAUCUGACACCACAUGUUGAUCAACUGGGAACACAACUAUAUCAACAAAUGAGGGGAGACAAAGAGUUCAGACAUGCCCUUGCUGAGCUUGAUCACCAGAUACUGGCCCGUGGCAGCCUUGGAUCAGCAACGCCACUUGCUGCACUUCCUCCGGCACCUUCUAUACAUUCCAGCACAUCAGAUCCACUUUCUGCCUAUGGUUCUGCCCUGGCACAAUACACCCAGAGCGGAAGAUCUGCUACCUCAUUAUCAUAUCAGAGUGACUUCCUGAGGUCAGCUCUACAAGAUACGAAUUCCUCAGCACAAACUCCAUCUUUACCUGCUUGUAGUAACAGUGGAUGCUGUAAUAAUACAAACUGUAAAACAACAAAGAAGCAACAGCAAAAAAAGGAACUGGAGCACUUGAAGCUAGUUCAAAGGCAACAGUUGCAAAGGAAAAGUGCAGAAGACACAGUGAUACGGAUGAAUGAAGAAACACUGAGAAGGAGGAAUGAACAGCUGCAGCAGCAACAGCAGAGAAAAACUGAAGAAGACACAGUGAAGCGACUGAAUGAAGAGCUCCAGAAACAAGUGAUACAUGCACAUAUUGAACAAGAACAACAGUCACAGUGCACCCAGAAAAAGAAGAAAACUCUGACGCAGAUACAGGAGCAAGCAGAAACAGCCCAUGCCUUGAAAGAUGGACUCUGUGUUCCAGUUCUACAGCACCACAGAAAUGAACAUGGGAUCAUUACACAGAGCCAACACUUCGAAACAAUGCCACACCAGGAUAUGAACCUGCAGUUAAACAAAGUAAAAGCAAAAAGAGGAUGCAAAAGAAAAUCAGAAUCACUUGAACAAGAAUGCACCGUGCAAUGGGCAAAGAAUUUUGAAGGACAUAAAGCUUCACAAAGCUCUUCAGUAGGAAGAAUGCAGAGAGGUGUAAUUGUGCAUGGGAAGGAGUAUGUGAAUCAAAUGUCAGAAUGUACGCAUCAGCAGCAAUUCCAUUAUCUGAACAAUGAAAAUAUGAAGGAUUCUCAGACAGAUCAGUCAGAGCAAGUGAAACACAAAGAGCAACCAAAAAUGUCACAACUAACACAAUUGCUUAUGCAAGGGCAGUCUGAAAUCGGUAUGUGUCAAAAGGGAAAUGUUCAAAAACAAAAGAAAGCUCUGAGAACAUCAAAGACAGUUGCUGAACAGGUGAUUACAGAGCCUAGGCAAACAAAGCAACCAGAAAUGCCUCUUAAUAUAUCGAACAAAAAAUCACUGCAUGUGCAGAAUCUGUUUACUGAUCUGCAUGUACAGCAGAAAAUAUCUGAAUACAUUAAACAAGAGACAAUCUCUAGGCCAUCUCAAGGAACUGUAAUAAAAUCUAAGGAAGAUCAGGAAGCUCGGCUGAACAUGUGGUGUAACAGUACUCUGAAUACAGCAAAUGUAGCAGAAGAUUUGCAACAGGCACAAUUUCGAGUAGACUUACAGAGAAAACAUCUCUCCUUCAGCCAUGAUGACACAGUGUCUUCACAAAUGGUUGAUGACACCCAUGGCUUGGAUCUCAGUAGCCAAAGACAUGUACAAAAACUUAUGUGUGAUAAUAUUACAGUAAAGACAGAAGAUAUUGAAGAAAUUUGUGAUCAGACCACAAAUGAACAGAAUCAAGAAACAUUUGACUUCCUGGAGGAACUGGAUGAAAUAAAAUUAGAUACAUUGCAGCAGCAGAAUACAGACCAACAACAAAAUCUUCUAGAGCUUCCAUCAUUUGGAUCUUAUCUGAAUGUGGAUGGAAUGGAGGACACAGAUGUUGAAGAAGCAGAUCUGAAUGCAGCCUACCAUGCAGUAGUGUCACUGCAGCAAUCUGAAAUUCCUGAUGUACCAGCAACUCCACCCUCCCACACGACUCGAACAUCCGAGUAUUGUCAGUCCCCAAUGAAUGGUUCAACAGCUUCCAAUCUUUCGAAGACCAUGCAACAGCUGAAUGAGGACCACUGUACUUCAAAAGUUGUUCAUCUGGUUCCCGUUGUUCAAAUGCCUCAGAGUAGUCCCUCACCAAUUCCAGUGCAAAUGAAAACACUUCCUGACGCCAAGGGGCCAAAAGCGAAACGGAAAAAACUGCGGCGAUCAAGGACAUCAUUUGAGAAAGAAGAAGAUAUGGACACUGAGCCUCCAUCAGACAGCACACUUAGUAGUAAAUGUGAUAGUGCCCAAGAAGUUAUACCUACACUUGAUGAUAUAUCUCAUGCUCAACCAGUUUCUCUUCACAACAGUGCAUACAAACAUACAUGUACUUCAUCUGAAGCAAUAACUGAUCCAGCUAUGGCUACUGUUCCUGUUAGUGUCAAUACUAGAAAUGGACCACUAACAGCAGUGGCACCUAGAAACAGUAGAGCAGUUGCGAAUGCUCUCCGAAAGGCAACCCGUGUAAGUAAUCCUGAUGCAAAUUUGACAGUGUCGGCUAAAUUUGUCUCUAAUUCUGAUUCCCAGGUUAUUUUCCAGCCUGUAUCAACUGACAGUACAUCUGCAACAGAUAUGAGAGUAGCAGCCACAGCAGAUGAGACAAGUGACACAGCAUCACCCACAUUUCAGGCUCAGCAAACUCGGAAAGGUGUGAAACGUAGAUAUUCCACACGCCGAUCAAGGACGUAAUGCAUGUAAUCUUUAAAAACCUAAAAGGAAGUUCCUAAAUUAGUAAACAGCAGUAAUAAAAAUAUUUUUCUAUUAUCACAUAUCUAUAUUUUUGAAUGCUAUUUGACUCAUUUCUAAAAAAAGAGUAUUAUCUAAUAAGAUAUAUGUGGUGCUAUGUGCUUACAAAAUGUUUGAAAAUCUAAGUUUUAGCUUUCAUUUUUUGACUGAUGUUUUCAGAAUUAAUAAUUUUAAUAUUUGCACUGAAGAAAAGUUGCAUAUUAUCAUUCAUAACUGGUCAGGUUUAUAACUGUAAGUCAGUGAGAAUGAUUACUUUUAAGGUACUAGUGUUAGUUGUAUGUCUUUAGGUGUGUGUAGUGUGUGUAUGUGUUAAAUAUAUUGCAGAACAUUACUGAAUUAAAUUAAGGGCCAGUGCCCUUUAAGAUAUGUAUUAUCCACCUUUGUUAAUAGAUGUCAAAUCUUUUAAACAUUAACAGAAAAAUAACUUUUGAGAAUGGCACUAAUGAUGUUAUUAUGAGAAACAUUGAUCUUGAAGGACAUUAUCACUUACUCUAAAUGGCAUCAUUGCCUUGCAAUAUAAUAUAGGACUGUGUGCCUUGCUGAUGACAUUUACUGUUAUUUUUACUCCAUAACUUUUCUAAAUCCCAGAUGUCUGUUUCUCAUAAUGUACCCGACAUUUAAUUUAUAAUACAUGCUGGAUUUCCCCACAAUAUACAGCAAGUUGUAUACAUUACUACAACAAUUUUUACUAUGAAACUCAUGUUUAGAAAUCUCUCAAGGCAAUCAGCAUACCAGUUCCUACUAGCAGCUACAAUGUGCACACAGCCAGAAUAUUAUUUUUACACAUUUAUAAGUAAGCAUGAAAUACAGAUAGUUGAUAAUAUCUACAUUCUCUGAAAUCAAUUUUGACUAUCAACAUGCUCGAGUUGAAGCAUAAGCAUUUUUGUGUGCCAUUACUGGUUGUUAUUUUUCUUGUAUUACAGCUUACAGUAAUACCAAUGAAGCUGUUGGUCUGAGGCAAAAUUACUGCAGCUGAUUUGUAUGUGGCCCUUCAAAGAAAGUAAAUUAAAUGUUUUAUCUUAUUAGAAACAAUGGUUCCCAAGGAAAACUGUGAUAAAAGAAUAAUAGUGGUAGCAAAGAAAAGAGCUGAUGUUAACAGCACUGGUAAUAUAGAUUUUUGAUGCUAUAUUGUUAUUAGUUGAAAGGAAGUGCUUUAAACUUAUGAUAUUCAUGUUUCUAUUCUGAGGCCAGUAUUUCAGGCAAAGAAAUGUUUAAGGAAGAACAUUGUGUGUAGUUAAAAUUUGACCAUUUGUGGUUGUUUUGUUACAAUAUUGGUGUUUUCUAAGAACACUACUAUGUAUCUAUAUUUUACUACCUUUCUGUUUUCUAUACUGACUUUGUUGUUAUAACUGACAGAAGUUAGCAUUAUUGGUCUGUGCGAAGAAUUUUACUUGGUUCAUUCUGAAAAUUACAAAGAUCAUGUAUGUAACUUGACAUUGUGUUAAAGUUAUGUAUUCCAGCAACACUCAAAGAGGGAAGUUACCUAUAUGUAUAAAGACUGAAGUAUGAAAGCAACACUUCUCAGAGAGGAAAGUUACCCAUUUGUGUGCAGACUGAAGUAGAGAAUUUUUCUAGUAGUAUCAACAUGACAAAAAUUACAGCAUUUUUAUCAUCUGCCAUUUGUAUUCACUGCUGCUUAGCAGUAAUAAUAAAUAAAAAUGCUCAAAAACAAA